AUGGCUGUGCAAACAAACUUUAUGGAAAAUGACAUGGCCUUAUUUUGUAAAAAGCACAGCCUUGAACACUUUUCAAAAGAAUCUUUUAAAAGGCACCAGUGUCUAAAUUUUUACUUUAAGCCAGCAGAAGAAAUUAAGCAGCCAAUUAUUGAUAAACUAAUAGCACUCAAAAAAGAUAGAGCUUAAUAAUAACUUUUCGUUUGUGUCAUUUUAUCUUUAUAAUUUUCCUUAAACAAUUAGUGAUUUAAAGAUGAAGAGAUGAGCAAAAACCUCCUAAGACAAUAUCAAAAACUACAAAAUUGAAGGAAUUAAAAACGCAAAGAAAAUCAUCAAGGAUUUUAAAACUGCUUUUGGGAAAUAUAUCGAUCAAAUAAAUGAGACAGAGCAAAGAUGCAAUAAAAUGAUACAGUUUUUAUAUAGCGGAGAAAAGGCUCUUGAUGUUGCUAAUGAAAAUGAUAUGGAAAGUGUGCUUAAAUGCAGCGCUUCAAAUGUUCAGCAUAAGAUGGCUGAAUGAGAUAUAAAAGAAUGCUAUUUAGACUAUAAAGAUAUAAAUGCAGCAAUUAGUAAAACUUAUGAAAUACCUUUUAAUCCCUUUAGAUAUGAUACUAUUACCUCAAAUGAGCUUUCAUUUUUUAGAUGCAGCACUUCUAAUUUUGCAACUAUAAACUUAGAUACUUUCCAGAUUUCUUCUACUGUAACUCUUCCAACCCAAGAAUCAAUUCACGGAUACGCUAGAAGCUGCAUACUCCCUGACCAUACUUAUUUUUAUUGUUGCAAUUUGAAUAGUAGUUCAGGUCUUACGUUUACUAUUGACAAAAAUAAAAAUGUUAAAUAG